CAUUCUGGAAUACGGGCUGGUGGAAAUAAAUAACAUGUGUGUUUUUAAUUGGUCCGGGCUCAGUUUAUGUCAGUCGUGUCGGUUGCCGGUCGGAGAACAGUGACUUGGUGGGCCGAAACAUACCAUUUUGGGAGGCGCUAAAUUAUUUUGUCAGUGUGAUAGAGGACAAAGCAACCAUCCAGCAUGUAUGCAUGGCAUGUAAUAACGUUGGUGUUAUUAUCAAAAUACGCUUCUGGUGAAGUGUUCACCGCAUUGGCUGACUUGGAGGAUUUGUUGCACACCGAAGGUCUCCUUAUUAACACGUUGCAGAACUACAUCCAGGCGGAGGAACAAAAAGUCGACUUACUGAAAAGAUAUGUAAAAUUAUACCAAGAGCAGCACAAUAGAGCCGAGGAAGAUGUGCAACUGUACAUCUCCAACCCGAUCAAUGCCUACACACUGGUGAAAAGGUUAACAACGGAUUGGCAGCAAGUAGAAUCUUUAAUGACGACCGACAUUAGCAAAGACUUCCUAAAUAACAUAACUUUAUACAAAGAAACAAUGAAAUUCCCUACUGAUGAGGACCUAAACGGAGCCGCAGUAGCUUUAACAAGGCUCCAGGAUACCUACCGGCUUGACACGUCAUCGUUGGCUAGGGGUGAAUUGAACGGAGUGAAAUAUAGUGCUGAAUUAAGCGCGGCCGAUUGCUUCGAACUGGGUCGCCAGUCCUACAACAAUGGGGAUUAUUAUCACACCCAAUUGUGGAUGCGAGAAGCGGACGCCAGACUGAAACGGGAAGCUAACGUCACAGUGGACAAGAGCGAUAUAUUAGAGUACCUGGCGUUCUCCACCUACAAACAGGGUAACAUCCACUUGGCUCUGGAUCUCACAAACAAACUGCUCGAGAUCUUGCCCAGCCAUUCGAGAGCUCUGGGCAAUAAGGUUUACUACGAGGAGGAGCUGCAGAAAUCGUCGGAAUACAAACGUAAAGGGGACGACGAAUCGGAAGCGGUGCCGGCAGUGGAAGUGCCAAUCGUUCCCGACACCUACAGUAGGGAGCACUACGAACAACUGUGCAGAGGAGAGGUUUCCCUACCGCCGGAGACCGUGGCCAAAUUGAAAUGCAGAUAUGUGCACCACAACAAGCCUUUCCUGAGGAUUGCUCCUUUCAAAGUUGAGGAGGCUUUCCUGGGACCCAAUUUGUACAUAUUCCAUGACGUUAUGUCCGACAACGAGAUCGAAACAGUCAAAAGAUUGGCACAUCCUAGAUUCAGAAGGGCGACAGUCCAAAACUCCCAGACUGGAGAAUUGGAAAUCGCACAGUACAGGAUCAGCAAGUCCGCCUGGCUGAAGGAACAUGAACACAAAUACAUUGCUGAUAUUGCUCAAAGGGUGGAGGACAUGACAGGUCUGACCAUGGAGACUGCUGAAGAGUUGCAAGUGGUUAAUUAUGGAAUUGGCGGACAUUAUGAACCACACUUUGAUUUCGCUAGGAAGGACGAAAAAAAUGCUUUUAAGAGUUUGGGCACAGGAAACCGCAUCGCUACUGUACUAUUUUACAUGAGUGAUGUAGCACAAGGUGGCGCCACUGUGUUCCCUCAAAUUGGAGCAGCUCUUUGGCCCAAAAAAGGUACUGCUGCUUUCUGGUACAACUUGUUCCCAAGCGGAGACGGUGACAGAUUGACUAGACAUGCUGCUUGUCCAGUUUUGGCUGGUUCAAAAUGGGUGUCUAAUAAAUGGAUACAUGAGAGAGGUCAGGAAUUUUUGAGACCGUGCACGUUGGAAAGACCACCACCAGAUUUGACUGCCUAACUGCAGUGAUUUUAAGUUAAUAACCAAGACUGUUCCUAUUACUAUACGAAUGUAAAUACAUCGACCCACCCGUAUUGAGUUGACGUUGAGUGAAUGAAUUUUAUAUUUUGUUUUAGGCAAUGUUGUACAAACGCUAUAGUAUAUAAUAUCUAAAGAUACCCAUGUAAAUGUAAUUUAUAAAUAGAUUUAUGUAA